AAAAAAAGACAACACACGCACAUACAUACAUUAUACAUACGCAUUAUCAUCGGUAGAAAGAGAGAUCGAAGGAGAAGCCUUCGUUGGUAAGUUUGUGACGACGAGUUUACGCGUCCCCAUCUUUCCCCUUGGUGGAGCAGGGUUUUCUCAUAUUGGGACGAUGUCGAUGCUCGAUUCUUUCUUCAACAACAAGGGUUUCAAGGCUUCCAAAUGUAAAACCCUGCUGAAGCUGACAAUUCCGCGUAUAAAGUUGCUGAGAAAUAAAAGAGAAAUUCAUGUGAAGCAGAUGCGGCGGGACAUUGCCAAGCUCCUUGAGACAGGUCAAGAAGCUACUGCUCGUAUUCGGGUGGAGCAUAUUAUCAGGGAAGAGAAAAUGAUGGCUGCGCAGGAGAUCAUUGAGCUAUUUUGUGAGCUUAUUACUGUCCGUCUUCCCAUUAUUGAAACUCAAAGGGAAUGCCCUUUAGACUUGAAAGAAGCAAUUUCUAGUGUGUGUUUUGCUGCACCAAGAUGUGCAGAUCUGCCGGAGUUGCUUCAGGCUCAAAUGCUAUUUACUGCCAAAUAUGGGAAGGAAUUUGUAUCAGCUGCAACUGAGCUUAUGCCAGAAUGUGGUGUCAACCGUCAGCUGGUAGAACUGCUGUCAGUUCGUGCUCCUGAUCCUGAUGUGAAACUGAAGCUGCUGAAGGAAAUUGCAGAAGAGCACAAGUUAGAUUGGGAUCCAGUUGCCUCUGAAACUGAAUUAUUGAAGCCACAUGAAGACUUGCUGAAUGGACCGACUCAGUUUGUCAGUGGGUCCAAAUUGCCUCUUCCUGAGGAAAAACAUGAAGAACCAUUGUACUCUGCCUCGGAAAAAGCCCCCGAUGAACAGUCAGAUUCUGAUGCUGGCUCUGAGACAUCAGAUUUUCCUGAAGUUCCUAAGGCAUCAGUACGGCCAAGUGUAGACACUGCUUCAGCACCAGAAAUGCUUCCUCCCCCAGAAGUCAAUCUUCAAUCAGCCAAAAAUUCCGAUGUAAAUGAAAGUCUAUUACAUGAACUGAACGUGGGGCAUGACACUGCUUCAGCACCAGAAACGCUUCCUUCCCCAGAAGUCAAUCUUCAAUCAGCCAAAAAUUCCGAUGUUAAUGAAAGUUUAUUACAUGAACUGAACCUGGGGCAUGACACUGCUUCAGCACCAGAAAUGCUUCCUUCCCCAGAAGUCAAUCUUCAAUCAGCCAAAAAUUCCGAUGUAAAUGAAAGUCUAUUACACGAACUGAACCUGGAGCAUGACGAGGUGUUGCAAGAGAAAUCAGUACCUAAUACUACUGAAUCGGCCAAAAUUCCAGUUUGUUCGAUGGGAGAUAAACAAUUUUUGCCAUUCAUAUCUCCACCAUCACAGUCUUCUGCAACAUUUCCUGCAACAUUUCCUGUGAGACAGAGUGAGCCACCUAUGCCCUUGUCGAGGACCAAAAGUGAAGCCAAUGUAGAUUUGCAGGAUGUGUUGGCUGCAGCUCAGACUGCUGCUGAAUCAGCUGAACGUGCGGCAACCGCUGCCCGCUCAGCAGCUAGCCUUGCCCAGCUCAGAAUUAGUGAACUCGUCAAGAAAAAGAAUGACCAGAUCUCUGAUAAUAGCAGUGAAAACCCAUUUCACAUGGACACUUGUCAGUCUCCUACAAUGGAUAACCCUCAUCUCUUUCAUCAAAAUUCUUCGGGUAAUACAGGUAGCAUUUCAAAUUCUCCCAGCCCACAUCAAGAUCAUGCAAAUCAUCUGGUGCAGCAGGUGUCAAGUCUUCCUUCAUACAACGACCCGAAAGUGGAAUUUGAUUCCUCCCUUUUGAACAGUGAUGUUCCUGGACAUGACAUUGAUCGUCACCAGCCUCAGAGGUUGCCUUCAAUGGAUGAUGAACCUUACUUCUCAUACCCAAACUUGUUUACUCAACAAGAUUCAAAUGUCGGAUCUGCUGUCCAUUCGAUUAAAGAUAAUUCCUGAUCAACCCAGGAGCUUUGAUUUGGCCAAUCUACCUUUGCCUACCUCAUUGGUGAGUUGGGUUCCAUGAAGUUUUCAUCUGUAAAGUGUUGGUGUGAUUAGACAUUAUGCAUACGUGUUUUGCUUAUGGUGGCUACCUUUGCGUUCAUGAAAUGAGGAUUAUUGUUCAUCUACCUCAGUACUGUAAAUGCCAUACAAGGCAGUUCAUGCUACAUUAUAUAUGAUUUUGUAAGAUCAUUUGAUGUAUAAAAGCUUCAAGUACCUUGGAAAUAAAGGUUUUCAUGAUUUAUUCCAUGUCCAA